AUGAUACUUCCAGUCAUCGAUACUUCCCAUACGACUGUAACCUUCGAGGGGAGGUAUAAUCCAAAGAGAAGUAUUGUUGACAUAACAAUAUUACCUCCACACGCAUACUUACCAACAAGUAGUACCAUAGAUAUAGUCCAACUAAUGAAGCUACCUAACGGGAGAGACGAUGCUAUCAGUAGCGCAUCUUCCCUCCUUCAAGAUCAAUAG